AUGCGUCUCCUCACCGCUCUCACGACCCUCGCCAGCUUUGGCGGCCUCGCCUCCGCCGCGUCUCUGGCGCAGGUGCAGGACUUUGGCCAGAACCCGACCAGCAUCCAGAUGUACAUCUAUGUUCCCGACAAGGUCGCGGCGAAUCCCGCUAUCAUUGUCGCUUUGCACCCAUGUGGCGGCUCUGCCCAGGGCUGGUACUCCGGCACCAAGCUCCCGUCGUAUGCCGACCAGCUCGGCUUCAUUCUCAUCUACCCCGGAACGACCCACAUGAGCAACUGCUGGGAUGUCCAAAACCCGGCCAGUCUCACGCACGGCGGUGGCGGUGACGCAGGCGGCAUCAUCAGCAUGGUGCAAUACACGCUCGACAAGUACAGCGGCGAUGCCAGCAAAGUCUUCGUCAUGGGCGGCUCCUCAGGCGCGAUGAUGACCAACGUCAUGGCGGGUUCGUACCCGGAUGUGUUCGCGGCCGGCGCGGCCUUCUCCGGCGUCGCACACGCCUGCUUCGCCGGCGCCGAGUCGGCCACGCCCAUGUCGCAGAACCAAACCUGCGCGCAGGGCAAGAUCCAGCACACCGCGACGGAAUGGGGCAACUAUGUGCGCAACUCGUACCCCGGCUACGACGGCCCUCGCCCGCGCAUGCAGAUCUUCCACGGCAACGCCGACAAUCUGGUCUACCCCGAAUGCGCGCACCAGGCGCUGUCGCAGUGGGCCGAUGUGUUUGGUCUGCAGCUGACCGCGAAGAACGCCAACGUGCCGUCGAACGGGUACACGCAGGAGGUGUAUGGCGAUGGAACGCAGCUUCAGGGCUUCUUCGGCGAUGGUGUUGGGCACAUCGCGCCGGUCAACGAGCCGGUCAUUCUCAAGUUCUUUGGUCUGACCUCUUAA